CUCCUACUCGUCUGUCUCGCGCUGUCCACUUACUUCGUAUACGCCUCGCUCAAAGCUCCAGUCUUGCCCCCCAACGAGGUAGAAGUCAUCGUCGAGAAAGAAGCAGAAGUCAUCGCCGAGAAAGAAGCAGAAGUCGUUGCCCAGAAAGAAGCAGCGUGGCUAGGCACACAGGUCGGCGCGUACACACUUGGGGCUCAGAGAGCAACGGGAGAAGCGUGGCCGCCGCGAGCCGAGUUGUAACUAUAUCAUGCCGCCUAACACACGCUCCACGCACCGCCCCUCGACCUCAGCCGUCAACUGGCCUCCACCGCAUCGCUACCAAAUUAGCCGGAAGAAAAAGCCCAAGAAACCCAGACUCAACGAUAUGCCACCACCUCCACCACCACCACGCCAUGACUCAUCCUCAUCAAUUCUAUCCACCAUGCACGUACGUGACAUCGCCCUGCCGUCCGUCGAGACUCAGUCCAACCCCGCCGACGACCAUCCAUCCCGCACGUUGAAACGGCCCGCGAGUCUCUUCCUACAGGGCCUCGGUGCGGAGGGUCGUCGCGUGCGCCGUCUGACUGCAGCAUCGAGGGGCGGCUCCGAGCGUGGUGACAGCGUGUGUGUGAGUGCGAAUGUUUCGCGGCGCGUGACGCCUGCGGGUGGUCAGCGGGUGCGGGAUUGGAAGGCGAGACUGGAGAGUGUGGGGAGAGAGGGGAGACUGCAGGUUGAUGUUAGGAGGUUGGGUGUUUCUAUGUCUGUUGCGAGGGGGGGUUUGGUUGGACUUCCUAUAUCGUCGCCUGGAGUUGGUACAUCAUCACCUGGAUUUCCUACAUCAUCAUCUGGACUUCCCACAUCAUCAUCUGGACUUCCCACAGCGUUGCCGAUACUUCCUACACCGUCACCAGCACCAGUUCUUCCAUCACCAGUCCUUCCCACAACACCACCCCCCAGCGACCACUCAGCCCACAUCACCGAGCAAAUCCAACCCAUCCUCCACGCCGAACUCGAGAAGCGGAACAAGCCCCAAUCUGCAGACAACAACCUCAUCAACACAUUGAAAGCCGAGUUGAAGCCGAUGAUCACAGACAUGCUGAACCACCAACGGGUCCAACUCUCACAAGACCGUUUCCGCGAGUUCCAACACGCGAGGAAAGUGCUGGGUCAGGAUCGUGUGAAAGACAUGCGCCAGGAGAUGCAGGCUCUCGGUCAGAGUCAAGAGGUGUGCUUUCAGUCAUUUGGUCAAAGUCAAGAAUCCCGCUUUCAGUCGCUGAAACAACACCAUGAAGCGAGUAACCAGUCGUUGGGCCGGUGGAUGCAGGAUGGAGUCAAGUUUGCUGUGCAUUCGGGGGUGGCUGAUAUCCGUGCGGGUCAUACUGAGGCGCUGGAGGUGCUUGCAAAGAAGAUGGAGAGUGAUCGUGGGACGGGCGUCGUUCAUGACAUUGCGCCAGUGCAGGAUGGAAAUCAUGAGAGGGUGGUGCUGAAUCCAGACUUGCCGGCGGCUUGGACGACAGCAAUCCAAGCGAAAGUCGGCGAAACCAUUGCAGCGCACUUGGCGUCUGCCAUGGACUUGAAUCGACCUGAUGCAUGGCCGGCCCAAGCCAAGUCGAUGAUGGAGAGUGUGCUCGAGACAGGGCUAAAAGCGCAGUUUGAGGAGCAGUUCGCAGCCUCAGGCCUUGGCCGAACGGUCAUUUCAGAUGCUGUACAGCAGAUCACCGCAGAGGCGAGCCACUCCUUUCACACCAUCUCAGCGGACUAUCGUCGGAAGAUGGACACAGAGAAGAACGAGGCCGAGGAAAACAUGUCCAGCCUGGCGACGCAACUCGCCGACCUCGCUCGCGAAGAAGCCGCCAUGGCCGACAAAGACGCACAAAUGCAAAACGACGCCCGACAGCACCACGACGACAUGAAGAAAGCAUACGACGAACUGCUCACCCGCAGCACCACGACACACACAGAGCUGGAGCAGACGCGCAAAGAACGCGACACGGCCAAACAAUGCGCUGACUCUCUCGAGACAGCUCAACACGAGACGCGGCUAGAACUCGCCGACCGAAAGGGACAGAUUGUGGCGAUGCAGAUGGACAUUGUAGCAGCACAGGUGGAGAAACAAAUUGCCGAGGAGGAUGUGGAGAGUCUGCAGAGGCGUUUUGAGGAGAUGUCGCGAAGGUGUAAGGAGAUGGAGAGAGGGAAGGCGCUGGUGAUGCAGCAGAUUGACAUGUUUGGGGAUGUUGGUGAGGAUGGUGGGAGUAGUGAGGAUGGGCGAGAAGGGAGUGAAGUUGAGGACGUUGAGAUGACCGAGGACGGUGAGACGAUUGAGGACGGUGAGACGGAUUGAGGACGGUGAGACGAUUGAGGACGAAGAGCCGAUGGGAGCGGUUGACAUGUAGAUUGGUGAGUCUGAUGAAGUGGUAUGUAGAUGAAGAGCUGACGGUACGACAGGAUUGACACUGAGAUGAGUCCUCAUGCUCAUUGGAGAGACUUGAUAUGGGUGGACCUGGAUCGGCUGAGCAGUCAGCCAUGGUUCAAACGUGUGGGAUGGUAGAGAGGAUAUUGAUGUUCAGAUUGGGGGCGACCAUUUGUUCAUGAAUUGGCUGAAUGUAUUAGAAACAUAGAGCGAUGAGGCAAUGGAGUUGGAAUAGAUAGUGGUAGUGAAUCGAGUUUUUAUCGCGUGCUUACAAGCAAGUUCAGCUGUUGUUUCAAAUCCAAGCACUUCAAAUCAUGACCUCACUAUAGGUAAGCUCAGAUCACAGCGGUCGCGAAUAGCCAUGUGGCAAUGAAUGC